UGCUCGGUGGCCGAGGUUUGGUUUUGGUGAGCAUUGAGCAUUGAGCAUUGGCAGGCAGGCGAACGAGCGAGUGCAGAAAGGAACAUGGCGUCGCAGGGCUGGAAGUGAUCGCGGAGGCAGCGAUGACCUGGUGAGGACGCGGCGAUGCAGUGCAGCGGAGGGGGCCCCGAACUGAGCAUGUACCGCAGGGCGACGAGUGUGCAGAUGGCCUGCGGCGGCGGCCGGGCGGCCGCCAAGCAGGCUGCGGCGGUGGCGGCCACCGAGGCCAUCCACUCGGGCCACUUCAUGGUGUCCGACUUCGAGGCCGAGGCGCAGGACGACGAGGACCUGGUGGCCGUGCCUGUGCCCGAACCCCCGGCCGCCGCCGCCCCGGCCGCCCCCCAGGGCCGCCCCCGGCCCCCCAACCUCAAGGUCUCGCUCUUCAUCGACUCGUCGCUGACCAAACUGUUCCAGUGCAUGACCGUCGCCUACAGACAAAAGUUGACGUCGCCAAAAUGGAACCGCUUCAAGGGCAUUCGGAUUCGCUGGAAGGACAAAAUAAGACUCAACAAUGUGAUAUGGAGGUGCUGGCACAUGCAGUUCAUCAGGAAAGAAAACACGCUCGUGUGCCAGUUUGCGUCUCCCCUGGACCACGACAUGCACAACAAACCCGAGGCCGUAGUCCUCGAAGGCAAGUACUGGAAGCGGAAACUUGCCACAGUCACUGCAGAGUACAAAAAAUGGCGAAUGUUUUACAAAAACAAAAUCAUGGGAUGGACGCCCAAAGAUGGAGACCACGGGCUGGGGGACAUCGACAUGUUCGAGUGGCACCCGGACAGCAACGAGUCAGGGAAUUCAAUGAUGGUCGAUGAAGACUACAUGGACUUGAUGAGUGACACGCUCUUCACCUCCAUCACCCAGCCUUUUCCAUUCCCCAACCCCCGAGAAAUAGCCAAAGCAGGCUUAGCCGAGUUCAUUCAGCCAGGAUUAGUGCAAUUGCAGCCGAACAUUGAGGAUUACAUGGACACAUUGGAACCCCUGCAGUCCCUCCAUGAUUUGCUGUGCUCGAGUUCAUCAAAACUGGCGUCAGUGCCGGAGGAGCCGAACAGCCUGAACGCGCUGGAGACAAACCUGUUCCGGUCGGAGGGGGCGCGCAGCAUGGACCUGAACCUGGGGCAGCAGGCGGGGGGCCCCGGCGACUCCUUCCCAGACCUCUCGCUGCAAUACUCGGCCAAAAUCUUCUCUGACUCGGCCACUUUCCAGCGGCAACACUCGGCCGCCCCCUCCGAACCAUUCUACUUCACCGCGCAGGACCAGCUGCUCUCCAGCCAGCCUCCCCAGGGCCAGGCCAUGACCCUGCUGCAAGACCAGCCGGACGUCCAGCAGCUGCAAAUGGCCAAGGCAGGACAAACCGCAAAGCAGGCCAACUUUGCUGUGCCCAACGUCAACAAGGUGAAAAGACGAUCUCACAGCGGCUCGUCGCUGGUGAGUGGGGGCGCCUCGACCCCCCGGAUGAGUUCGCAGUUGUCAAUGAGCUCGACGAAUCUGAGCUCAGGGCAGCAGCCGGCCGAGGGCAACGCCCUCCUGGCGCAGUUGCUGCAGCCACAGCAGCCGUUGUACUACAACAAGCCUAUCCUGCCGGCGCCACCGCAGCAAAUCCUGAGCACUGUUCUGGUCGGGCCGCUCGCCCUCGCCAAGCAGCCAAACUCUGAUCUCUCACGCCCGCAGCUGGCCAACCUGCAGCCAAAGCCGGUGCAGAACGCGAGCAGCAAUCAAAACGAGGUGAGGGAGGCCGCCGCGUCGACCUCCACCUCCCCCUCCUUCGGCCCCCUGUCGCCUCCCAAGACCUUGAGACCCAAGAACGACCACGAACGCACCCAAUACAAAGAAAUGCGGCGCGUGUGUCACAUCAACGCAGAGCAGAAGCGGCGCUGCAACAUCCAGAGCGGCUUCCAGACGCUGCAGUCGCUCAUCCCCCAAAUCAGCCAAAGCCCUAGCGCCAAGCUGAGCAAGGCGGCGCUGCUGCACAAGGGCGCUGAGUACAUCAAGCAGCUGCGGCAGGACCGCAACACCCUGAAGGACGAGGUGGCCCUGCUGCGCGCCGAGAUCGACUCGCUCAACACCUCGAUCAGCAACGUGCAGGCCCUGCUGCCCGCGUCCGGCGCCCCCGUCUCCCACCAGCGCGCCACCAGGAUGAUGGAGAUGUUCGACGACUACGUCAGGUUACGCACCCUGCAGAACUGGAAGUUUUGGGUUUUCAGCUUUCUGAUGCGCCCCUUAUUGGUUUCCUACUCUGCCACCGUGUCAACGUCCAGUCUGGACGAGAUGGUCAGGACGGUCAUGCAGUGGGUGGAGCAGCACUGCACCCUGUCCGAGCUCAGACCAGCCGUGCUGAACGCUUUGAAGAAAAUUUGCACCGCCACGGACAUCCUGACGGACCCUUUGAAGCUGCCCGAGCAGGCGACGCGGGCGGUCACCGAGCAGCAGGGCCAGUCAUCGAAUCCGUCGUCGCCGCAGUCGCCAACUUACUCGCUUCACUGAAAGUGCCGCCACGGUCGGCAACAAAACACAAAAGUGCUUUACAAGUUUUUGGAAUGCACACUUGCACUUAGUCGGUUCUCUGCAGAAGGAAAGACGCAUUCGAGUGUGCUUUGCAGACAACCACAAGUGUGGCCACUCUAGUUUUCUACGUUUUUGGUAGAAGAGAAAAGGAGUCGGACAUCGGGGUAACUUUAUAUUUUUUUUUUUUUUUUCUUUUUAUACCUGUUUGGUCUGGAGCAAGCAAGACCACUUUCCGAAUUCAUUUCAAGUUCAUAUUCCGUACAAUUGAAGGAAAAAACUGGGCUGCUCGGAGAGAGGCAGACAAGCAGCUUCUUCCGUUGGUGUGUUGUGUCUUAAUUUUGUAAAAGUGGAAAAAACCACUUUCAAUCGUACAUGCCUUAAAAUCUUGGGUCCCUUUUUACACAAUGUAAUAGUUUGUCACGAACGUUGACUGAUGUGAUAAUAUAUCAAACAAGAGUGUCUCUAUGUUUUUCACGAAAAUAACUCUUAGGCAGUUGAAUAAUUAUUGAUAUGUACCACAGAGUUGUGAUUCAGUUUUUAAGUUGAAAUACAGAGAUUAUUUUGGUGGUCAACAAAAUGUGAACAUCCAAGCUGGCUAUAAAAAUCGCCAGCUAGUUGAAUUGAAAAGAGAAAUUUGAGGGAUUGUUGGUUUUCAUUGCAACCUCAAGAAGUGUGGUUGAUGCUUCAAAUUAAUAUGUUUAGUUGUUGCAUAAUUGACGUUCAUUUUAUUGUGACUCAAAAUUAAUAAAUAUAUGGCCAUAUAUUUUAUCAACA